UAGCUGAGUGGAACGUGCACAAGUUCUGGCUGCUCUGCCGCGUCUAUUUCUGUCGGCGAAGAUCAUCUGUGUGCGCCCUUGUCAGAUGACCCAGAAAGGACGAGUGAAGCACAGAGCAGCACAGCAGUUGGCACCAUGAGGAAUUAUUUGAUUUUGGGGCAGAGGAUCUCUAGAGCCUUCUCCACAUCUGGUCGUGUACAGAUGCAAAACCGUGUUGCAGAGAAACAGAAAAUAUUUCAGGCUGACAAUGGCUUACCAGUUCAUCUGAAAGGAGGUUCAGGAGAUCUCAUUCUCUACCGAAUUACAAUGGGCAUCACGAUUGGAGGGAGCCUCCUGGCCUUCUCCAAUAUUGUCAUGGCAUCCUUACCCCAUAAGAAGUGACAAGAACCUCAGCAACAUCAGCUUGAUAAAGAAUGAUGUUCCAUUAAAAGCCUUCUUGUGCUUGC